UGUUUGUUAUGCUCAUGUAUAAUAAUGCUGCGAAAAAAGAAAAUUUAAUUAAACACCCAAUACUAACGCACUAUGUACAAAUACGUCUUGAACACAGAUAGAUUAUUAAGGUGUUUAUAAGCUGUGUUAGUUUUAUUUAGCUUGCUACAUAUUACUAAUCUGUGGUUUUAUUGUCAAUAACAUUAUUUGGAAACGUAUUUGUGAGUGUGGUAAUUAUUGUUAUAUUACUUUUACUAUUUCUUGGGGUCUGUAUAUAGCAGAAAAGAUAAAACCGAAAAAUGGACAACAAUUUCUUUGCAAAAAUUCAAACAAAGGAAAGAAGCGCAAAUUUUACGAAAGUGGAAAUGCAGCGCCUGCAGAGCCUUGUAGCAAAACAUAAAAAUAUUUUAUUUUCCAAAAAGACUGACGGAAUUAGCUCCAAACAAAAAGAGAAUGCUUGGAAUUUAAUUGAGUGUGAAUUUAAUGCACUCGGAGACACUCCACGAUCAGUCAAGCAAUUAAAAUAUAAAUUUGAGAAUUUGAAACGAGUUGCAAAAAAGGUGAUGAAAAUUGGUAUACAGGGAGCUGGCAAUGGUAGACAAGAAAUGUGUCACACUGAAGGAGGACCAUCGUCAUUGCGACCACCUAGCUCAGUUGAUGGGACAGACUGCCUAAGGUCUAUUACGCUAUCAUCAUUUGAUGAAAAUGAAGCAGUUAAUGAUGAUGACACAUUAAAUCAAACAACUAUCUCUUUUUUAAAUUUGCAGCCUCCAAAAAAGGUAGAUUAUAAAGAUAACUUUGAUACAGAAAUUACUAAUGAAAGUAUCACUGAGGAAUCACAAAUUUCUAAGGUUACUGAAUUUGAAGUAACUUUUAUAGAGAUGAAUGAGGCCUCCAAGAAAACAGAUGCUAGUACUCCCAACAGUUCUCUCAAGAGACCAAUAUCAAUACCAUUGAGAUGUCAAGCUAAGAAAGGGAGAUUGCAAGAGGAUGGCAACCUGGUUUGGAAGUUAAGAGCGAAAAAAAUUGCUGUCAAGGAUAAUCUGCAGGAACUGGAAUUAAAAAAAAUCAGUGACUCCAUACUGCAUGCCCAGGAGAUUCAUGACCAAAAACUGCGGCACAAUGAAGAGCGGCACCAAUUGGAAUUGGAAAAAAUAAAAUUAGAAAUCGAAACAUUAAAAAAAAACAAUAAUAACUGUAAAUAACUAAUAAAAGAGCAUUAUUUUAU